GUUCAUCCACCAAUGACAGAGGCAUCGGCGGAGCAGAUCAAGACCGGCCUGAGAUUGAUGUAGCACGAGGGAUGAUGUGACUUUGAACCGUUUCUUCAGAAAUUUUGCACUCUCGUCGGCUACUUGGGUGUUGAGUAACCGAGAUAUGGCUUACCCCAGAGUCCAAGACUCGACGCCCCCCACGACAAGCAACAGAUGAAUCGGCUUCUCCAGAGCACAUCUCAUCUCGUCGCCAACAACAUAUGAAAUUCGCAAGUCAAAUGUAGCUGAGUGAGGUGGCAUCACGCUCUGGUAUAGUGUCAUGCCAACUUAUGUGAGAAGACUCACAAUUUGAACUCAUCGCAAAUCACGAGAUGUCUCGCGUCAUGGUUCCACAAGCAGCGUGGCGGCUUGUCAGCCGCCGCAACUUCUCAACCACGCCUCGUCAUCCGAUCAUGGAGACUUCCGCGUUCACCGACACCCAACUUGAUGUGCGCGAGGCCAUCACGUCUGUGUGCAGCCAGUUCCCAUCCACCUACUGGCAGGAGCGCGAUCAAUCACAAACGGACCCAAGCGACUUCCACGCCUCUCUCGCCAAAGGAGGAUGGCUGGGCAUCGCGCUCCCCGAAGAGCUUGGCGGCUCGGGCCUGGGGAUAUCAGAGGCCACCAUGAUGAUGCAGACCAUUACAGAGUCCGGCGCUGGCAUGGCUGGUGCGCAGAGCAUCCAUGCCAACGUGUACGCCACUCAACCAUUGGCCAAGUUUGGGAGCAAGGAGCAAGUAGAAGAAACAAUUCCCAAGAUAAUCUCUGGCGAGUGGCGAGUCUGCUUUGGUGUCACUGAGCCGAAUUCUGGUCUGGAUACGCUGCGCCUCCGCACAGCAGCCCGCAAAGUUGACGACAAGACAUAUGCCGUCACAGGACAGAAGAUCUGGAUCACCUGCGCGCAGGUCGCCCGGAAGAUGAUGCUGCUCGCUCGAACAACGCCACUCGGGGACGUGAAAAAGCCGAGCGAGGGACUUUCCUUGUUCUGCAUCGACCUCGACCGCGAGCAGGCGGGCCUGGAUAUGAAGAAGAUCCAGAAGAUGGGUGGGCGGGCUGUCGACGCGAAUGAGGUGUUCUUUGACAACUAUAAGAUCCCCUCCUCGUCUCUCAUCGGAGAGGAGGGCAAGGGGUUCAAGCUCAUUCUGCACGGGAUGAACGCCGAACGCUGCCUCCUGGCAGGCGAAGCGCUAGGCUUGGGCUACGCCGCCCUGACACGGGCAGCGGGCUAUGCGCGCGAGAGGACGGUCUUCCAGCGACCCAUUGGGCAGAACCAAGGGAUCGCGCAUCCCCUCGCGGACGCGUACAUGCAUCUCGAGGCAGCGAAGCUGGCCACCUACCACGCGGCGCGUCUCUAUGACAAGUCCAAGACGGACGACAGUAUCAGCCAGGACUCGAUUGGUGUCGCGGCGAAUAGUGCAAAGUAUCUCGCGGCGGAGGCUGCGUUCACGGCGUGUGAGCGAGCGGUGCUGACGCAUGGCGGCAUGGGGUACGCGAGUGAGUAUGAUGUCGAGCGGUGGUUCCGCGAGUGUCUGGUGCCCCGGAUUGCGCCUGUGAGCCGGGAGAUGAUUCUGAACUAUAUCGGUGAAAGGGUGCUGUCGUUGCCACGAAGUUACUGACGGAUAGAUGUAGCAACAGAUUGGCAACUCCAGGAGUUCCUCAUAUCUAGUAACCUGUAAAUUGUCGUCGCUGUUUGCGUGCCUUUCGUUGGCAAUACAUGUAGCUUCUUCGCUGUGAUUUUGCGACUCGUGUCUCUUAAAUGCUGUGAAUUUUCGUGAUGAAUCACCAGA